AUGUUCAACACCAUCUUUCUGUCCUCCUUUGUGGUUCUUCUCAUUGCCGUCGGUCGCGUUCUGGGCUCUACCAGCCUGGUGGAUCUCUGCAAGGACAAUGUCGAUGCCGUCAAACUGGCCCUGGCUGGCACCCUGCCCGCCAAUGCUUCCAUUGAGAAUCUCAGCUACAUCAAACAAGGAGAUACGUAUGGAGAAGGUUGGCAUGACCUAAUGUACCCGAUUCAACCGACCGAUCUUCCCGAGUCCUGUGCCGUCACAGUCUACGUCCAGUCCUCCGAUGUAUCAUGGUACAGAUAUGGUCUUUUUCUACCCGUGAAUUGGAAUCAGCGGUUCCUCGCCGUCGGCAACGGGGGCUUUGGAGGUGGUAUCAAUUGGCUUGACAUGGGAAGCUUCAUGAAGUACGGCUUUGCCGUGGUGUCGACGGACACGGGGCACAACUCGACAACGGGAGAUGGCCGGUGGGCUUUUUGGGCACCGGAGCGGCUGACGGACUGGGGAUGGCGAGCCUUGAAUGGUUCCAUUGGCGCCGCAAAACAGCUUACCGAGAGAUACUAUGGAACUCAGAUUGCCUACUCAUACUACAACGGCUGUUCUACGGGAGGAAGACAAGGUCUAAAGCAAAUCGAGAUUGAUCCUGAUACUUUUGACGGACUUGUCAUCGGAGCUCCGGGCUGGGACUCGAAAAGUCUCAACCCAUGGAUAACACGAGUUGGGAUCUACAACCUCCCUGAGACGGCGCCGUAUCAUAUUCCUUGGCGUUUAUUCUCGCCCAUGGCAGACCUGGUCAUGGAACAAUGCGACGAGCUGGACGGCGUCAAGGACGGCAUCAUCAGUCUGCCCGACGCUUGUGUUCCGGACUAUUCCAAGAUGUUGUGCAGUGUUCCCGGCAUAGACCAGUCGGCCUGUCUGACGGACGCGCAAGCUCAGGUACCGGCCAAGGUCUAUGGGGACUACCUCGGGUCAGACGGGGAGCUAUUGUAUCCAGGGCUUUCGCCGGGCUGCGAGGGUCAGUGGCAAGCCGUGCUCAGUUUUGCGCGCACGAGCACGUUUGGAAACCACUAUAUCCGCUUCUUUCUCCUCGGGAACUGGUUUUGGAAUUACACUGACUGGGAUGACAAUAUUUUCUCGCUGGCCGCCACUUUUGAUCCUGGUCAGGCGACUGCCGACAAUUAUGACCUUUCAACGUUUCGGGAUCUAGGCCACAAGAUUGUCAUGUAUCACGGACUGAGCGACGGUCUCAUACCACCGAGGGGGUCUGAUUGGUACUACCAACAGGUGAACAACGCCACGAGUGGCAAUCCACCGAUCACGGAUUGGUUCCGCUACUUUCAAGUGCCUAGCAUGCACCACUGCUGGAGCACGCAGACAUCGGCCAAUGGGCCGUGGAACUUUGGCGGCGAGUUCCAAUCGACGCACCUCGGCAGUGACCAGUGGUCGGUUCCGGGGUUUAGGGACAAACGUCAUGACAUACUAAUGGCGCUCAUGGACUGGGUUGAGAACGGCAACCCGGUAGACUCGGUCAUUGCCACGACCUGGAACGAGCCGCUGGAUCCCACGUCUGGGCUAAAGAGCCAGCGGCCACUUUGCCCAUAUCCGCAAGUGGCAGUGUAUGACGGCGUCGGGGACGUGGAUCAGGCGGCGAGCUGGGAGUGCGGAGCACGGCCAUCUCCCGAGGUAGUCGCGAAGAGAAAGAUUACCAGUAUCGGUGCAUCCUCGUCUAGUGGUCUCAAAUCCACGACUUCUUGGUUGGAAAAGAAGUGGAAUAUUCCUGAGAUGAUCAGACGGGGCUUGGGCUUCUGGCGUUGA